AUGCAAAGGGUCUCUGCCAAAUCUUUUGAGGAUUUUUCCUCUGCUAGAGCAUAUAUGGAUGCAAUUGAAACAACCCAGGACAUCCCAACACAUAUGGACAAUCAGGCCAUGGCCUACAGUACGUACAAAAGUCGCCAUACUGUUAAAGCAGUGACUUGCGUGGCUCCAAACGGUGCACUUACAUUUUGCUCCAUGCUGUACCCAGGUUCUACUCCUGAUGUAGCUACUGUACGUCACAGCCAAGUUUUAAGAAAGUUCAAAGCUGGAGACCUUAUUUUGGCGGACAAAGGUUUCACCAUUCAUGACCAGUUGCCCCAAGGUGUCUGCUUAAAUAUACCAGCUUUUUUAUCGACACGAGGCCAGUUUACCAAACAAGAAGCAGCACUGUGUUACAAGAUUGCUAAAGCACGUAUUCAUGUGGAAAGAGCCGACGAGAGGAUAAAGAAUUACGAGAUUCUCCGUCACAUCCCAUCUACUUACCGACCAAUCUCAACAAAAAUAUUUCAACUCUGUUCUUGUCUUAAAAUGAAAAUCCCUUUUGUUAGCAUGGAUUUAUUACAAGAAUGUUUGGCAAUUCCAUUCUUCAUUUGA